UAUGAUAGCGCAUGCGUAGUUCGGGAGUAACUGUACGUGGCAUUGUUGCUACAUUGCAGCACUACUGUUUACUGUAGAAUCACACCAGGGACUAAACAACUUUUAAUAUUGAAAGAUGCAUCUGACAUUCUAUUCCACCAUUGGGUUGAUAUUAUCAUUGAUCAAAGUUACUCAUAGCUACUUCAUUAGCAUAGAUGCACAUGCUGAAGAAUGUUUCUUUGAUAAAGUUACAUCCGGCACAAAAAUAAGUUUAAUGUUCGAGGUGGCAGAGGGAGGCUUCUUGGAUAUCGAUAUCAAAAUUUAUGGGCCUGAUGGAAAAAUAAUUCAUUCUGGUGACAGGGAGUCCAAUGGAAAGUAUACUUUUGCUGCACACAUGGAUGGAAAUUAUAAAUACUGCUUCAGCAAUGCCAUGUCCACAAUGACACCAAAAAUAGUGGUUUUCUCCAUUGAUAUUGGUGAAAAACCAAAGGAUGCAGCUGGAGAGGAAGGGGAUGCAAACCAAAAUAAACUAACUGAGAUGAUAAAUGAGCUUUCAACAGCCCUGACAGGAGUAAAACAUGAGCAAGAGUACAUGGAAGUUAGAGAAAGAAUACACAGAUCUAUUAAUGACAAUACAAAUUCAAGAGUUGUUUUGUGGUCAUUCUUCGAGGCUCUUGUGUUGGUUGCAAUGACAUUAGGACAAGUAUAUUAUCUCAAGAGAUUCUUUGAAGUUCGUCGAGUAGUUUAAUACAUUUUGUAUUCUUUCGGGUUCUUUUUUCUGCACUUUAACUAAACUUGAUAGCUAAUAACUUUUUUCACCUCAGUUAUUUUUAGUUCAAAAUUCUUGAAAAUUAGAUUAGGUAUUAAGGUGCAUGAAGUUAAAAACAUUUAAAUCUCCACACUUUAAAUCCAAAGAAAAAAUAAAAGAUAAAGAUUACCUUCUUUUAAAAUAUCAAUAUAUUUAAAAUAAAUCAUCAUAAAAAUUAAUAAAAGCUUUCACAGUUUUUAACUUUUUUGUUAUCUCUCCAUUUUACUUUCUAUUUUUGAUUGGUCCCAGUUUCUAGGACUUAAAUAUGGCUGUACCAGUUGUUCACAUUACUAGUAGAAAUUAGCAUUUCAUUUUUCCUUGAAUCAAACUUGAUUGGUUUUUGUCCAGGUUAUAACUAAUCAAUUGGAUAUAUGUAUUACUUGUUAUUAACACAACAUAUUAAGAACAAAACUAGUUACUACAUCAUCCAUCAUUUGGUUAUAUUUUAGGAGACUUCAGCAUUCUGUUGUUACCAAUCAUUUUUUUAAUAGACUAAAGGGUAAUAAAUGAGUAUAAAAUACAAGCAACAAAUUAGAAUCUUAAGUUGUAUGAUAUUUUAUUCACUUUAUUUAUUUGAUUGUUAUGCAUGUCAUUUCGCAACUAGUAGUCUCUGGAGCAGCAAGAUACUAUUAUAACUUUAAUAAGUACAUGCUUUUCUCUUCAUUGGUUUGACCAUAAGCAAUAGCUUGUUAAGAAAAGUAGGAAACUUUGAGAUAAGACAUUUGUUAGAAUUUUAUUUUUACUUUUCAUCACAAGUUUCUGUGUGGCUCCCUAAACAUAUGGCUAAAUUAUUUUUAACACUUUUAUGGAAAAGGUCAAAUGUGAAUUAGUAUAAUAGUAUAAUAUAUUAUACAUCGCCUUCAAGUGCUGUCAAGUGAAAUUACAACUUACUUCAGCAACAGCCUUUUAAUUUGUAAUUUAUUUCAUUGAAUAUUUGUUCUUACAUUGUCAUUUCAUGUGGUUUUAAAGCAAGUUUGGUGUACACAUCCAUAUUUUCAUCAUGGCAUAGAUUGGACUAAUGUAGGUAGUGUGUUAGCACUUGCUAGUGAUGACAGGUGAUCAAAGAAUAAAUAAUCUCUUAUACGUGGAUGUUGUCUAUUCAUUGUUUAGGAAUGUUGAAAUUUAUCCUUGUGUCAGUGUGUUUGACUGAGUGCAAUGGAUGGAUGGUUAUGAUUAUAUGUGGGUUCUGGUGGAUACUGUAGCUUGAGCUAUUGUUAACUUGUCCAUUUAUUAUUUCUAACUUGUUAUCAUUUUUAUCAUACUGAAAUAAAAUAUUUAAUUUUCAAUACUUUCAA